CCGAAGGUCAUAGAUGGAGUCCCAAAGAAAAGCGCCAUGUCGUGCAGGACCAGUGAAGUAGAUGCGAUAGGCCUUCUGUUAGCCAGUGGCACUCUCUAGAUCCUUCUUUAUUUGAAGGAAUGUCUCGUCUUCUGUGUGUCGUGUAAUCCGAAUUCACUAACAGCUAUUGCAGUCUGAGAUGGUGUGAAACAUCCAAUGGCUCUGCUCAAAUCCUUCCUGCGACAGCUGGAGACAUCAGCAUACCGCCAUCAUGACAACGACGCCGCCGAGGAUGGACAGAGUGGUCGGCAAAACCACGACAUACUCCCAUUACCACCUAAGGACAGGGCAUGGGGUCGUCUAUCGUACUUUGCAUUCUGGUUCGCUGCCGCUUCGUCGGUAGCUGAUUGGUAUGCCGUGUCGACUGCUUACGCUGCUGGAUUGAGUGUUUGGGAGGCGCUCUUCACACUGUUUGGCGGCCGUGUCAUCUCGAGCUGGUUCAUGCUGGCCAAUGGUCGCCCGGGAGCCAUGUAUGGUAUCCCGCUCCCUGCAGUCGUGAGGGCCAGUUUUGGCAUCUAUGGCAGCAUGUGGCCUAUCAUCAGCCGAGCUUGUCUGUCAAUCAUCUACAAUGGAUUGAAUCUUGUCCAAGGCUCUCUGUGUGUAUAUGUGAUGUUACACGCUAUUUUUCCUUCGAUUGCGUAUCUACCAGAGGUUAUGCCAGCAAAUGCAGGAUUCACUACUGGGCAGUUGAUCGGCCUCGUGAUAUUAUGGGCGCUUGUCUUUUGUCUACUCUUCGUUCCCAUUCCUCGACUGAAGAUAUUCAUCUACCUCAAAGUUGCAGCAUUUUUCAUUGCCGCACUCAGCCUGCUCAUCUGGUGUAGCGGUCUUGCUGGCGGCAUCGGCGCUGUUGUCAGACAACCGAGCAAGUUUUCUGGAACCAAGCGAGCAUGGCUCCUCACGCGCUUCUUCUUUCUUGGAAUUGCCAACACCACAACAUUCAUCAUGAACUCGUCCGAUCUCCAGCGAUAUUCAAAGAGGGCAGACUCCCCUAAUUGGGGGCAACUUGUUGGAGCACCACUGGCAAAUCUCAUUGUACACCUGUUUGGCGUUCUAGUCUCAUCCUCCAGCAGCAUCAUCUUUGGCGAGGUCGUCUGGAAUCCAAUGCUCCUCCUGGAUCGUAUUCAGUCUGAAAACUACACUCCAGAAAAUCGAGCUGGCUGCUUUUUCAUUGCUCUAUUGUUUGUGUACUCGUCGAUGAUUUCCAUGAUUCUUGAGAAUUCACUUCCGGCUGGAAACGACCUUGCCGGAAUGCUGCCGAGGUUCAUCAGUUAUCAUCGAGGUACCAUAAUUUGCGCUGUGAUCUCGAUCGCGAUGAACCCCUGGUACCUACUUACCUCAGCGUCCACAUUCCUCAACUUCAUCUCAUCUUUUGGUGUUUUCCUCGCUCCAUCUUGUGGCGUUAUGCUGGCACACUAUUUUGUCAUUGUGCGUGGCUACAUCAGCAUUCCCGAUCUAUACUCAAGCAGCCGCGACGGGCCUUAUUAUUACAUCUACGGAUUCAAUUGGCGCGCGUAUGCUGCUUACAUAUGUGCUCUGGCGCCUAAUCUCUAUGGCUUUUCGGGUGCAUUGGGCAACAAGAUCCCACUUGAGGCGAGUCACGCCUAUAACUUCAUGUUCGAAAUUGGAGUCGUUGUCUCGUUCUGCGUCUACAUUGUUCUUUGCUAUUGUUGGAAAAUACCACACCAGGUGCCCCUUUCUCAGAAGGGCUGGCGAGAAAUCGAUCCAUACAGAAGGUCAUCUCUUCAGGUAUUAGACGCAAUAUCAGCAUCAGAAAGGGGUGAUGCCGGCGCACAGACGCCUAUCAAGACAGAUGAGAAAACGAUCUAGGCCAAGCGAUUUCAGAUCAAAGAACAUUCAGAAUAGCAGGUAGACGUAUAAUGGACUUCGGCGAGCCAGAUACUGGCAAGGCUUUAUACAAAACUAAGGAAUCAGCCCCUGGUAGAUCAGCACGAGGUAUUGCAACCCAGCUAGAGCCCCU